AUCCCCACAUACCGUAUUACAUUUCCAAUUUCAUUCUGCAACAUAGCUUUCCAAUGAGCUCUGUUUUACUCCACAACUCGUUCCUGAUCUGAUCCUCACAAUGCAAAAAGAUACUCAUCUUACAUUCAGAGAGAUUCACGGUAGCCCUGAGGCAGUGCUCACUAGCAUACGAGAGAUUCAAGAGAUCGCUUUGUACCGCAAGCAGCCCGACCAAUCUCUAUCGCUUCGCUUCCUCUCGUUGGCAGCCGAGAAUUUGCCGGACCAUCAACAGCAACCAGAGAUUAUCUAUCUUCGCCUUUCACCCCUCAUUCCGAUUCCUGGACCAUACCUGACUAUCUCCUAUACUUGGCAACGUUCUGGAUCGACGGCUGAUAAACCCCCACAAUAUGUUGUUCUCCGACCGGACGCCACGUCUUUCCAGGUAGCCCCAGAGUUGAAUCGCGUCAUACACCGUACAUUACGCUUCGCUGCGCAUCAAUGUAUACAUUAUUUCUGGCUCGAUCAAUUGUGCGUUGAUCAAACAGAUCGCUCAGACGUCGAGAACCACCUACAAUGCAUGAAUAGAGUGUAUGCAGAAAGCCAAUGUGCUCUAGCACCCUUGUGUAUACCUAUAUUAGAUCAAUGGAUGCUCGCAGGUUUGACAUCCAAUCUUGAUGAUCUACGUACGGCGGAACUAUCGGCAAUUGAGUGUAUUGUAGCCACUCUUGAACACCUUGUGCAGGACACGUGGUUCUGGCGGACCUGGACCUAUCACGAACGACUAUGUGCUCGCUCUGUGUACCUGGCCAUCCCUCUGCACGGUAUUCGUUCGGAAGCUACAGACACACGCGACUGCUUUGCAAUCGAGGAUGAUCUGAUCAUUAACAUAGAACACAUACAACAAAUCAUACAAGUUUCGAGGAAGAACGAUAAAGUACCUGGGGGAAAAGCGCAACCUUCACCAGCUCGAGAGCAGGCCAGGAGGCUUUGGGUGCUCUUUCGGGAGUUCUUUGUGGAGCGAACAAUCAUCACCGGCAAUACGAACCCAAUAUUCUGGAAUAGAUACAUCAUGAAGGCCAUAGACAGGCGUGACAACUUGGUCGUUUCCGAUCGCCUAGCCAUACAUUCUAAUAUUAGGAAUCACAACUGGCGAUUGCGGACUACUCAGUUGCAGAAUGCUCGGUACAGUUACAGCACUUGCUUGCUAGUGCUGGUGCUCUCGAAUUAUCUUCUCUUCAACUACAAGUUAUCAAGGGAACACUUUCGUCUUCCAAUGGACCAAACCAUCAUGGAGGUAAUCGGAAAGAUGGAGGCUUCGGAGCAAUUGUCUCUCAUACAUAAACCUCCUACGUCAGAAGGAGAAACCGUUGUUGUAUUUCCACUCUGGACUGAAGAGUUUCUAGAGAAGGUUACCAGGGAGUCAGAAGUAGAUGUUGACGUUUGGAUGAGUGGCGAAGGAACGCGAGUCGUUCGAAAGCGACCUGAAGGUGAGGUAUCACUUCUGCCCCCAACAUCCAAGUUAUUGAGACGCGGAGCAUCUCGCCAGCCCAUGGACGUCUCGGUGGCUUUACAACCGAGCGUCCUGCCCCACCAAAGCGCAGACGCAGGGUAAAGCUCUCCCGAACCACGAUAGCGGGGUGUGUUUUCGUCGCGAGAGCACGCAAUUAUCCCGCCAGCCCAGCCAACACGGUGCUGUGCCUUGCUGUAUACGUCCGACAUCCCACGUCCUGAAGCAAUUUCUGCAAGACAUACAUAAUGGCUCCCGGCCGACACGAUGGCCGAGAGCACUCAAGAUGCGAUACUUAAGAAGGGCGAUUCUGCCUCUGGUAGCCAGAUCACCCAUCCCACGUUAUUCACUCCCCACUUUCAAACCUUACGUAUCAUUCAGAAUGUCUUCAGGAAAGACCGUCACCCUUAACUCUGGUCACAAGAUCCCGCAG